UGUUAGCCUAGGGUGUAACGUUCUACCAAAUGGCAGACAACCAAGGCGGUGUGUGACACGUGAAUAAGAAAUAAUGUACAUUCAAACACAAUUUGGACCGCUGUGUGUUGUUUCCCUUUGAUGAUUUUUCUUUUAAAAGUUCUGUUAUCUGAAGUAAUACGAACUGACAGGGCCUAGUGACUCCACUAUGAGGCAGUGGAAGAUAGUGGCAGGACUGCUGGCCUUCUGGCUGUGCAUCCUGCUCUACAUGACCAUCUCAGUGCCAUCAGGCUCGGAGUCAGCCAGCCGCACAGAACGCAACUUUGCUAAAGCCCUGGACGAACUAGAGAAACUCAACCAGCAGAAUAAGGAGAUGCAGCAGUUGAUAGCGCAGCUCAAGGAAAGUCAAGCUUUGAAGAGUCCAGACUUCAACAGUGAGGUGAAGGACCUACAAACACGUCUGGAGAAGGCCAAUAGUGACAUUGCUCAACUAGCCAAUAAGCCCUCCAUUGGCCUGACCCUGGAGGAAGAACAUGCCAGGAGAAAAGCUGAGAACACAGUCCAAGAGCUGUGGUACUUUUUAAACUCCCAGCUAAACAAGCUGGAGAAACACAGCUUAGAGGGAGGGUCACGGCUCUACAGCCUCAAGGCUGACCUGGAGGGCUACAGAAGAACCAUGCUGGAUGACUUUGAAAAGAUACGAAGAGCCAACAAUGCAGAUCAAUGGCGACUGAACCAGUCCAAAGAGUUAGGGGACCUAGUACAGCGGAGGUUUCAUUAUUUACAGAACCCAGUCAACUGUAAAGCCGCCAAGAAACUGGUGUGCAAUCUGCACAAAGGCUGCGGCUUUGGCUGCCAGCUGCACCACAUCACCUACUGCCUGAUUGCUGCCUACGCCAUGGAGAGGACGCUCAUCCUGGACUCUAAGGGCUGGAGGUACUCGUCUAAAGGCUGGGAGAGUGUCUUCCAGCCUCUCAGCACCACUUGCAUGGAUGUUGGCGGGGGUACACGCACUCACUGGGGCUCAUCAAGAACAGAGAUGGACAAAUACCAGGUGAUUGAGCUGCCUAUAGUAGACAGUCUCCACCCCCGUCCAGAGUUCAUGCCCCUGGCAGUGCCAGAGGACAUCGGCAAAGAGCUGGAGGUGUUCCACGGAGAUCCGGCUGUCUGGUGGAUUGGUCAGGUCAUCCAGUACCUCUUCCGGAUGAGACCAGAGGUGGAGAAGGAUAUCAUUGGUGCCGGCCAAAAGAUGGGCUUUAAAAAUACUGUUGUUGGGGUGCAUGUAAGAAGAACUGACAAGAUCAACCUUGAAGCCGCCUACCACUCAAUAGAGGAGUACAUGGAGCACGUGGAAGAAUAUUACCAGCAGCUAGAGAGGACAAGACCAAACAUUGACAGACAAGUCUACCUGGCUUCUGAUGAUCCUUCAGUGCUGGCUGAUGCUAAGCAAAAAUAUCCAAACUACAAGUUUAUCAGUGACAACUCCAUAUCCCAAUCAGCUGGCCUGGGCACUCGUUACUCUGACAGUUCGUUAAGGGGAAUCAUAAUUGACAUUUAUUACCUGGCCCGCUGUGACUUCCUUGUCUGCACUUUCUCAUCUCAGGUGUGCAGGGUGGCCUAUGAAAUCAUGCAGACCCUCCAUGGGGACGCCUCUAAGUACUUCAGGUCUCUGGACGAUGUCUUCUAUUAUGGUGGACAGAGUGCUCAUGACCUCAGGGCUGUAGAGGCUCAUCCAGGAAAUGAUGAUGGGGUCAUGGAGCUUAAGCCAGGAGACGCCAUAGGUAUUGCAGGGAACCACUGGAACGGUUUCUCUAAGGGAGUGAACCGCAGGACUGACCAGUCAGCUCUGUUCCCCUCCUACAAGGCUGAGGACACAGUGGUCAAAGUCAAGAUGCCCACCUACCCACAGGUCCCCAGGAAGGUCAGCUGACCAUAAGACAACUGGUCAGCUGAUGUAGGGAGCGCUGUGUGUUGUCUGGACGUGAAGCCAGCUCUAUGCAUGAGAUCCAUUUUUUUCAUUUGCCUCAAUGAGUUUUUGAACAGCUAACCAUAUUUAUGCCACUCGGUGUUUCUAUUUUGCUACUGACCUGAUAUUUGAGCCGACCAUAUCUAUAACCAAUGUAUUGCCUGGUGUUGCCACAUUCUGCUCAGACUUUUUGUAACAGAGCAAACAUCAAAACAACUCAAAAAUUGUUUAUUUUUAUAACUGCAUUUUAGACCCAGUCUAGUUGGUGGUUAAAUCCAGUCAUAUAUUUAUAAGUAUUUGUCAUAUAUUUAUUUGUUAUAUAUUUAUUUGUCACGGAUAAUCUACUUGAAGCAGACAAGUAUUUAAACUUGUUUAGACCUUUUUGUUUAGUCACAGUAUUAAUUAUUUCUUCCUAUUAUAACGUCAGCCUGCUGAGGAAUGUCUCGGAGUUUUUACUUCUGUGGCUCUGUCUGGCCUUUAGGGUAUAUUAUAUUGGCCACAGUUGAAUAAACUGGCCAUUUAGUCUCAUGCCUUGGCCAUACUGCAAUAAACUGGCCAUUGAGCCACAGAUUCUUGGCCGUCCUGUAUUAUAGCUUACCUAUUUAUUUGUCAUCUAAAACCUUUGGUGUGCGUGCA